CCCCGAGCCGCGUCCUCCAGGAGCCGCCUCCCCGCGGCCUCCUCCCUUUUGUCGCGCUGCCGCCGCUCGAGGGUCACUCUCCGCCGGCGUCUGAGCCCCGCGCGCUCCUCUCCUCUCCGCCACCACCGUCGAGAUGCUGGGCUGCGGCCUGGCCUGCGGGCGCUGCAGGUGGAUCCUGCCCUUGCUCCUGUUCUGCGCCAUCGUUUUCGACAUCAUCGCGUUGGCCGGCCGCGGAUGGCUGAAGUCGGACAAUGACAGCCAGGAGUCCUCGCUGUGGUCGCGGUGUACCUCACUGGGCACCUGCGACAGCCUCAUGGAGUAUGAGUGGGGAAAGGCAGCUGCCGCCAUGCUCUUCUGUGGCUUCAUCAUCCUGGUGAUCUGUUUCAUCCUCUCUUUCUUUGCCCUCUGCGGAUCCCAAAUGCUUGUCUUCCUGAGAAUGAUUGGAGGCCUCCUGGCCCUGGCUGCUGUGUUCCAGAUCAUCUGCCUGAUAAUUUACCCUGUGAAGUACAACCAGACCUUUCAGCUUUCUGGAAACACUGGUGUCACUUACAUCUAUACCUGGGCCUACGGCUUUGGGUGGGCGGCCACGAUUAUCCUGACUGGCUGUGCCUUCUUCUUCUGUUGCCUCCCCAACUAUGCAGAUGACCUGCUGGGCAAUGCCAAGCCCAGGUACUUCUACACAUCUCCUUAAGGUGGGGAAUGAGCUGAAGAACAUCACUGCUGCUGAGAUGGAUUCCAGAGAAAGAAACUGUUUCCCCCGGAAUACUUUGAACCUAUGUUUGGGGCAGUGUUCAUAUCAUUAAACUAUAGUCAAAAUGCUAAAAUACUUUGGGAGAGAAUAUUUCUUAACUAGUUUUAGAGUUUCAUAUUCAUCUUUUAUCUAUGAUUUGUAGAGUUAAACAAGACUUACUUCUUUUAACUAAUUACCUAAUUACUAAUAUGCCAGUGUUUCCUUAUAUCUAGCCAUACCAUUUAUAUUGCAUUUGUAAAAGAAUAUGAGAAUGAAACUAACCACAUAAUUUAUAAGGUAAAAAUGAGAAGGCUUCAGAGAUUUGAGUUAUCUGAUCAGGUUUCUGUUUUUCCCAGAUGGAAUGAACUGGGUCUAUUAAGGACUAAGGAGAAGAGGAAGAUAUUGGUAAAAAUUGCCAGUGACCAAAUAUUCUAAAAGAAAUGCAAAAAAUAAAUAUUUUUUCAAGCCUUCAGCUAUUUAAAGAAGCAAAAUCGUUUCCUAAAUGCAUAUCAUUUGUGAGAAUUUCUAAUUAACAUCAUGAAUAAUUGAUUUGCGGCUAAGCUUCCCGUUAACUUGAUAUGGCAUCUAGGGAAGUAUUCUUUCAUGGCCAAAGCCUGUUGCAGUAGUAAGGCCUCCUUAAGUAGUGAAAUCUUAAGAUGAAAUUUUCUCUUUUAAAGUGGUUUGUAGGGUUGGGGUGUGGUAAAGUGCUACUAAUAAUUCUGCGCUGUUUGGUGUCUAUAUGUUCUAGACUAGGGUAGACUGGAUUAAAAGAUGGACUGGUCUAACUCGUCGUAACCUCUAGGUAGGAUUAGGUUGUUCAGUAAACCAUUAGGAGGGCCAUUCCCAUCACAAAAGUAACAUUAAAACAGCCUAAAGAGAAGAAAUGGCUUGAAUUUUUCAUCUUAGACUUGACCAGGCUCUAAUCAUGUAGACACAGCUUCUGAUAGAUUGCAGCUGUAAGCAAAAACUCAAAUACGGUUAAAAACCUGGUUUCCCUUGGUAAACAGAUUAAAAAUAUCUGAGGUAAAACAUGCAACAGGAGAAUUCAGGGAUGUGGGAUUUCUCUGAAUGGCAAAUAUGAUAUAUCAUAUGGAUUUUUAAAAAAAAUAUUUGUACUUAAGUAAAGAAAACCAAUUCAUUUUAUGUAUCAAAUUAUUAUCUUGUAAGUUGUAAAAAUAAGCAGUUGCAGUUUUCAUUAUGAAUUUUUCCCAAUAAACCAGGUGUUCUAAUCUUG